AGAACCGGACAGAUCAACGUACACGCAGAAAGUGUCUCGGUCGGUUAGAAACGUUAAACCGGACGAUGGUUCAGCACACGCAGCAUGGCGGGGCGGGGAUCAACACCGGGUCCCGCGAGGCGACCGACCCGGAGGAGAGCGAGCUGCUGGCGGCCUCGGCGUGCAGCCCCGUGCCGCUGAAGCCGGACUGGUGUAAGACGGCGUCGGGUCACAUUAAACGGCCCAUGAACGCCUUCAUGGUCUGGUCCAAGAUCGAGAGGCGGAAGAUCAUGGAGCAGUCCCCGGACAUGCACAACGCGGAGAUCUCCAAGCGGCUCGGGAAGCGCUGGAAAAUGUUAAAAGACACCGAAAAGAUCCCGUUCAUCCGGGAGGCGGAGCGGCUCCGGCUCAAGCACAUGGCCGACUACCCGGACUACAAGUACCGGCCCAAGAAGAAGCCCAAGACGGACGGAUGUGCGUUUCCUGCGGGGAAGUCAGCCGCUCAGUCCCCGGAGAAAACCGCAGUCCGAGCCGUGAAUAAGAACUCCUCCGCCGCGAAGAAAUUCUCCAAGUUGAAACCCAGCAAGCCGGUGGUGGGUCCCGGCAGAGGCAGGAGCCACCUCCAGCAACACCAGCACCCGGACCCCCGGUACCGGUACGUGUUGACCACCAGCUUUAAAACCAGCAAGCUCGUUAAACGGGAGUUCACCGACGACGAGGAGGAUGACGACGACGACGACGACGACGAUGAAGACGACUCCGAGGAGGAGCGGGGUCUUAAGGAGGACGAGCCGUCCCGGUACAGCCUCGCCAAGGUUCCGGCCAGCCUGAGUCUGAGCUCCCCCGCCGCCGAACCGGAGGGAACCGGCAUGUACGAGUCUUCCGGUCGGCUCUUCUACAGCUUCAAGAACAUCACCCGGCAGGGCACCAGCACCUCCUCUUACCCGGCCUCCCGCUCACCCGCAUCCUCGUCCCGGUCCGGCUCCACCUCCUCCUCCUGCUGCGGGGAGGACCUCGAUGAUCUCCCCUCGGAGGGGAACGACUACGCCUUCAGCCUCCUGGCCGGCUUCCACGCCUCCUCCGAGCCGUGGAACUCGUCUUCCAGCUCGGUCCCGGGGAACCUGAGCUUGUCCCUGGUGGAUAAAGACUUGGACUCGUGCAGCAGCGAGGGCAGCCUCGGGUCCCACUUCGAGUUCCCGGACUACUGCACCCCGGAGCUCAGCGAGAUGAUCGCCGGGGACUGGCUGGAGGCCAACUUCUCGGACCUGGUGUUCACUUAUUGAUCCCUCGGGGGGGGUGUCGCUCCAGAACCAGUCAGGGACCGGUGUGAUGUGGCUGCUGCUGCCCGGGCUCAGGUUGCGGGGAGCGGAUGGACUGUACACACGCUGCGGUACUUCAGCAAAAAAUGAAUGAAAUGAAAUCACCUCAACAGGGUUUUAUGGAUUUUGUUUUCAGUUGCUCGGGUCUGAACCAGGAUCCGGACUAUGCGUUUCCACCCAGACCCAGAAAUGACUCUAAUUAACACUAAGAUCAGGAUUUAAGACUCUUUAGUUUCCUUUGCUUCCCAGCACUGGGACCAGCACCAGGACCAGGACUACGACUUCAGGACUCUGAGUUUCCCA